AUGAAUGUCGUUUUCAUUAUUGAAUUGCUUGUGGCUGUUUAUUGUGUUGCUGCCCAAGGCGUCAUUGUGCCUGGUGCUCUGCCAUUCAACAGAGCUUUGUCCUGCAGGUGUGUUGAAGACGAUCUGAAAUGUAAGGAUGCAUGCUCAAAGCUAAACGUCGCUGCUUCGGAUAAUCCUCUUAGGAUUGUGCAAAUUCAAAAGCCAUCAGGCAUAGCUAUUACAAAGACUGCUCAUGCUGACGAAAAGCCGUUUGUCAAGUUUGUCGAGAAAAAAAUCAGCAAAAGCAUAUAUGGCAGCGGAUACACUCCAAAUAUAAGCAAUGGAAACGGCUCUGCUCAAGUGAUAGCUGAUUUCCAAACAGAUGCUUUGGUCAGAAAAACUCCCGGAAGUCUUGCUUACAAAGGAGACAUUGCUUUGUACAAUGGCACGUCUUACAGAGUUUGUGAUUUGUACGACUGGGCAACGAAAAUCCGUGCAAAUCAGCAAUACAUGUCCAUGAGUGACGAAUUGAAGGCUCUCUACAAUAGCAUCAAUGAAAAUUCAAAUAUAGAAGGAAUGUGUGCGAAGAAAUCUGCUCUGAUUGAUCUUCCUAUGAUCUUCCAGAGCAUCGACAGCAAAUACUCUGGGCCUGACACUUCCACAGAAGAGCAGCCUUCACAUUCUCUCACAAAUCGUGGUGAGCCAGUUAUAAUAGAAAGAAACAAUGUGAUUCCUGUGUUUAUCAGGGACUCGGAUGUAUUCCAUAACAUAUAUCCUGAGAGAUAUGCAGAGAAGGAUGAUGCAAGGAUGCUUCUUAACCAAGACACUGGAGUAUCUGUGUCAACAAUCACAUUGAGGACAACAACCACAACAACAACAACCAAGGCACAGUUGAUUGAGCAGGCAGAAAGCACAUUAUCAAGGAGGAUGGCGACGCAAACAAUAAUAACAACUAGAACAAUUACAAGACAGCCAAGAGUGUCCCCAGAUACUGGUGACCUCACUACAACAAUCCUCAAGACAAUGUAUGUUGACAGAGAUGGUAUGGAUAGCAAGAUGGAAACAGAGGAUGGCGCAGAGUCUGAAUCGAAUGCCUUUGCAGCCAAUGCUCCUGAAAAGAAAGGAACGAAUAGCUUUAGAAGCAAAAAAGACAAGCCAGGUGCGCAAAGGCUGAUGGAACUUGAUUUGAUGCAAAGAAUCAAGAGUCUGCUUGACUCUGUGGAAGCAUCUAAUGCCAAGAAAAGCAUUGCUACAACCACUGUGUCUGUUAGGCCACUAAUAACCGAGGAUCUACUGAAUCAAUCACAAGAAGCCACAUCAUACACAGCACCUCAUACAACCACGCUUACAAUUAGCAAAGAGCACACAACCACGGUUUACAAAAGGAUAUCUGAGCCUUCUACCAGGGGAUAUCUAGAACCUGUGUCUAGGGAUCUUAUGCCGAUGGUGUAUGAAGAUGCAUUCAAAGAGUUGCUAAAGGGUAUUUCUGAGUUUAUGAAGGCCAACAAGGCAUUGCCAUCUACAAAAGAGAAUGUAUUGGAUGCAAAGAGUGUAACUACGAAGAGUCUGACGACCACGGUUGUGGAGACUGUUACAAAAACAAAGGAUGUGUUGGCUACAGUCUUAUCAAAGAGCCAAUCGAUGGCACUACCUUCUUUAGCGACUGUCGUAAGCAUACCAUAUGCUUCACAAAUUAGGGAAGAUAAAGAGCAUUCUAUGAUAAUGAGCAAGUAUGAUCAGAAAGUCGAUGAGCUUAUGAAGAGAAUUGCAGUGAAUGAAGAGAGAGAAAGUAAGCUGAUUGAUAUGAUAAUAGCAAUGGAAAAGAGCAAAGAUGCAGGAAAUGAAGAGGAUGCAUUUAAGAUGAUGCGUGAAAUGCAUGGCAGAGAGAUCAUGCAUGACGAGCAUGAAGUACCAGAUGGUUAUUUGCCACGCUUUCCAAAGCAUAUAAAUAGCCUAAACGAUACCAAGAAGCAUGGAGCAAGAGUAUCUGAUUUGUACGAUAGCAAAGCAGAUGAUGCAAGUAUGCAUGAUGAAAUAUCUGGCAGCAAGGAUGUGGAUAAUGAUAAUGAUAAUGAUAAUGAUAAUGAAUAUAAAGACGCCGAGAAUCGAUCUAUAGAAUCAAUCAUGAGUGUGCUAUCGGUUGAGAAGUUGCCUGCACAUGAAUUUGAUGCCGAAAAGCUGAAUCGGACGAAAGGGAGUGUGCAUCAUGGAUCCGCCAUAAAGAAUAGACAUGAUGUAAAGUCAGCUAGUGUUGAUGUACCUGAAAUGCUACGAUACAAGAAGAACAAGAAUAAGGCCGUUCGAGAUAUUGCCGAAUCUGAUAAGGAUAGAGCUAUGCUAGAAAGUGUGGCUGAUGUGCUAAGGGAAUUGAAGGAGACGCUCACAGAGCAUGAGGUGGUAACAAAGACAAUUAUCAGUACGAUUGCAAAAGGGCUGGAUAGCAAUAUGCAUCUUAGUGUAGUGAGCUCUGUUGUUGAAGAUCAGGUAAGAAGGCUUGAAAGGGAAUUAGAUGGGCUUGAGGAGAAGGUUGAAGCGGUGGUUGGGAAGAAGCUACAGGAGUUCAAAAUUCUGCAUCGCAAUGCUGAUCAUAAGUACAAGGAUAAGACUGUCUCUGUAAUAUUACCUGUUGUAUCCAGAUCUGUAAUAGGGAAGAGCGGUACAGAUACAAAUGAAGCAGAAAACGAAUUGAAAGAAAUGAAGACCAGAAUGAUUACGGUGAUUGAAUCUAAUGAGAGUACCAAUAAGGAUGUAAGCAUCAUUACGGUGCAUGAGGAGACUCCAAAGCUUGCAUACACAAGAAUAGAGUCGUAUGUAAGACAGCCGGAAUCGAUGUGCUUGGAAAGCAUGGAUGGAAAAAGCAUGGAUGAUGUUGUGUUAGAUAUAAAGGAAAAGAAGAUUCCAAAUAACAGUUUGUUGAUUUCUGAUGAGGUUGUCAUAGAUGAGAUAGUGGAAAAGCUAACACCAUUUGUAAGCGAAAUGCAAAUGCCCUCUAUCAGUGUAGAUCAAACACAAAAUGAGAGUGAAAGUGUUGUAUCAUCGAUAUCUGCUGGCUAA